CGAUAUUAUUAUAAGAUAAUAAUGAUAAUAUUAAAAAAACUACACUUGUAAUAUUGAAUUAUUAUUAACACUCUGACAUGCUACUCAUGUUGCUAUUGAUUGUUAUCUGAAAGGGUUAACGGAAAUACUUAUAGGUGAUAGCAGGGUUGAAUCCUUUAUGUACUGAGCAAGCGCAAAAUCAAAAUGGCUCAGUAUAAUCGUGAAGAACGAUUCAGUCAAACAAUAAUUUUUGUGCGGUGAACAUCAAUGAAUGUCAACGAAGAUUUGAAUUACGUAUUUACUUUAAGUCGCCAGUGCCUAUGGAUAUUUGGCAUAUGGCCCGACCCACAGAUCCCUUUGAGAGAAUUUCGUCGGCCAAAUAUAAGAUUCAUUAUCAUUACGUGUACUGUGAGCCUAUAUGUAUCUACACCGCAAAUGAUGAACGUGAUUCGUGCUUGGGGUGAUGUGACUCGGAUGGUGGAAAAUUUUGCCUCUGCGAAUUUCAGUUUAUUGGCAGUGUGCAAAUUACUCGUUACUUGGUAUCACGGUGAAACACUUCGGCCGCUGAUGGCGUCAAUCAUGCAUGAUUGGAUAACUUCAACGAGGGAUUGGGAACGAAAUACUAUGUUGAAAAUUGCUAGACGUGGAAGAAGCUUAUCCUUUAGAUGUUGCGUAGCCGCAAUGGGCACAAUUGUGUUUUACAUUUCUUUCCAUUCGCUAAGACUCUUUAAAAAUAUACAUGAGUCACAUCGGCAUCUCGUCUAUCGGUUGGAAAACAUUCAAAAAAGUCCAACCUACGAAAUCACCUAUUUUAUUCAACUUUCAGGAGGCACAUAUUCGGUACUCGUUAAUUAUACCGUCGACAGCUUUGUCUCGAUACUUGUGUUACAUGUGUGCGCGCAAUUGAUAAAUUUGCGUACGACACUUAACAAUCUGGUCAACGAAUUAACCACCAAAUCUAUAUCUUCCUCGAGUUUUAGGAAAGGUAUAGCUACGAUCGUUGAACGACACGAGCAUCUCAUUAGGAAUGCAAAGACGAUCGACGGUUGCUACAGCUCAGUGUUAUUUGUGCAUAUGUUAUCCGCUACUUUUCAGAUGUGUGUUCUAACUUUCCAGGUUUUCACGAUAAUAACAGAUAAUUUGAAAGUGCCUUUUGUUAGAAUGAUUUUUCUUACAUUUUACUUCUCUCUUGUAUUGACAAACAUGUAUGCAUAUUGCUACUCAGCUGAAAAACUUAUAGAGGAGAGUACUAAGUUGGCAUACGGCGUUUAUGAAUGCAAGUGGUACAAUUUACCACCAAAAGACGUAAAAAGCUUAAUGUUUAUUAUAUAUCGAUCUACAAUUCCCCUUAGAUUGACAGCUGGCAAAUUCGGAAUUUUUUCGUUACAAAUGUUCGCAACAGCUCUGAAAACAUCAAUGGGAUACUUAUCUGCAUUGAUAACAAUAAGAAAUUAAAGAAAAGGAUACUGGAAGAAUGAUAAUGAAUUAAUUUCAUAUAAUGGACUACAAUAUCAAUUUUUAAAUAAUCAAAUAAAAUAAUGAAAUAAAUAAACAGGUUUAUAUGCACCUGUAAUAUCACUUUUAAAUUGGGAAAAUACACAUUAUUAUUCGACUACUAGUCAAA